CAAACACCCAAGCAAUGGCCACUCCCCUGCCUGUCCUGUCGUCGCAUGAGAGGACUCGGGUUGAGGACUACCUGAACGACAAGCUGCAGGUCUCCGCCGACUUCGAGAGUCUCGACUCAUUGUUGACGAGUCUUCGGGCCCAGCAUGAUCUCCAACGCAAGCAGUUAGCGGAAGCGCAAGAAGCCCUCUCCAAUGCCUCGAAAGCCUCCGACGACCAUGCCGAAGCCACUCGGAAGCGGGCCGAAGCGUUCAACGAGCAGCAGGCGGACAUCGACCGGCGCCUGAAAGCUCUCACGGGAUCGGACUCCAGCGACGAGGCAGCAAAACGCUUCGAAGCGAGCAUUGAGAAGCUACGGAGGCUCGAGAUCUCCAGGAACUAUAUGACUUUGCUCAAGGAGGCGGAGCAGUUGAGCAAGGAAGCCGUGAACAACAUCAAAGACCAGCCCCACGUCGCGAUCAAAUCCUAUACCCGACUGCGGAACAUCUCUCGAUCCCUAAUCGAAGCUCAACCGGCAGCAGAAGGAGCGGCUCCUCACCUGGUCGACUAUGUGGAAAAGCUGGCGUCCGCUCUCAGGGAACAGAUGAAGGCAGAAUUUACUCGACGACUCCAAGGGACGAUGGAGGAGAUGAAAUGGCCAUCGAAGGAUCUAAAUUUCCCAGAAGAGCUACAGGCACAGUGGACGGAAAACAUCAAGUUACUUCUUGGCCUGCAGAAACCGGAGCUUCAGGACCGGGCGUCUGCCUCGGCUCAUAGCAGUACUGAACCCCCAGUCCUGCUGCCAUUGGAGGCGAUGGUACAUCCGCUCGAGCUUCGCUUCAAAUACCAUUUCAGCGGAGACAAGCCGACAAAUAGGCUAGACAAGCCCGAAUACUUCUUAGCCCAUAUCAUGGACCUAAUCAACAACUUCGGUGGGUUCUUCGCUUCAUACCUGCAGCCCAUCUUCGAUGAAGAGGCGCAAAGCGUUGGUGCCGACCUAAAGUGGAAUUUCUACAAUGCCUCCCACGCCUACAUCACGGCACUCAUCCCCGUGCUGAGAUACAAGAUCUCCACGUUCCUCCCUCAGAUAUCGACUCACCCGCAACUCCUCAGUCACUUUGUGCAUGAACUGAUGAACUUCGACAACGAAGUUCGCGAGUCAUGGAACUACCUCCCCGAUCCGUCUUCCAACGAGGACUGGAGGGGAAUGACCUGGGAUGUUUUGACCAAGCAAGGCUGGUUCGACCGCUGGCUGCAGGUUGAAAAGGACUUUGCCCUGGCCCGUUACAAGGAAAUUGUCGACACACCAGAGAGUGGCCACAUCGACUACGAAGGCGUCGAUCUCUCGUCAACCAAGCCGACCAAAGCUGCGAUCCGUGUGAACGACCUUCUCGAGACCAUAACUGAGCGCUACCAGCCCUUGUCGUCAUUCAGCCAGAAGCUCCGCUUCCUGAUCGACAUCCAAAUUACCAUCUUCGACCAUUUCCAUGAACGUCUCCACUCAGCACUGGAAGCCUACCUCGCCAUGACUUCGACGAUCGGACGGACCGUGCAAGGCGCCGACGGCGCCAGCAUCGAAGGCGUUGCAGGAUUGGAGCGGCUCUCCCGGGUCUUCGGAAGCGCCGAGUACCUCGAGAAGAAGAUGGAGGACUGGAGCAACGAAGUUUUCUUCGUGGAGCUGUGGACCGAGCUCCAAGAGCGCGUCCGCCUGAACAAGGACGGAGGCAAGAACGUUGCGGGCAAUAUGUCCAUCGCCGACGUUGCCUCCCGGACCUCCCAAGCCGUCAACAACAACAGCAGCAGCCACGGCCCCGGCACCGCCUCCGAUGGCGCGCUCUUCGAUGAGACAGCCUCCGCCUAUCGCCAGCUUCGCCUCCGAUCCGAAUCCAUCAUCACCUCGACUCUAACCUCGAACGCGCGCUCCGCUCUGAAGCCCUACUCCCGCGUAUCAACCUGGGCCAGCAUCUCCGCGACCACAUCCGCCACUCCUCUCCCCCCCACCUCGGACCUCGCCCCAGUCAUGCGCACCAUUUCCGGGGAGAUCUCGUUCCUCGCCCGCGUGCUGGGCGUCGCUCCCCUGCGCCGCAUCAUCCGUCAAGUCCUCCUCGCCAUCCAGACCUAUAUCUGGGGCAAUAUCCUCACGAGGAACACCUUCUCCGCGGCCGGCGCAACCCAGUUCAUCAGCGACAUGGAGCAUCUCUGCAGCGUCGUCGAUAUUGCGCUCGGACCGGCCGGCCAGACAAGCGGUUCCAUGAAGGUGAUGAGGAAGCUAGGCGAGGGCCUUGUUCUUCUCGGGCUCGACAGCGCCGACCAGAAGGUCGAGAGCGGCGGUGACGCCACACAACAGACCGAAGAUGGUUCCGAGCAAGAUACCCGUGCCGGGCUGUGGGAGGUCGAGAAGCGGCUGUUCAAGGACAACGAAAGCGCCCGAGUUGUCCUCGCGGAGCUGGGUAUCGAGACCCUGACGGAGGCGGAGGCGAGAAGCGUGCUGGAGCGACGAGUCGAGAUCGGGAAUUAGCCCGAAAGAUGAUCGUUGUAUAUAGCAUGAUAUUGAUGCCUUUACUACACAGCUGCUUAAGAUAUCCAUUGCGACCUUCUUCAUUGCGAUUCCAAAUUUGCCUCGCGGCUCCUGUUUAUCCGUGUCUUAUAUACCUCUAUAGAUGAUUCCGAACUUUUCUCUAAUCCUUGUGACCGAUCACUCAUC